UGUUCCGAAAAUGCUUUUAACGGAAAACUUUUCCGUUAAAAGCAUUUCCGGAAAAUCAUGCCAGUCUAGACGCAGCCAGGAAGACUUGGAUCAUCAGCGAAUGAAUCAAGAAUUGGCCCAGUCCUUUUGGGGGCCUUUCCUUGUUUCCUUUGUAGAGAUUUCUCCAGUGUUCAGAAGAAGUUCCCAUUCACCUUUCAAGAGCAGUCCUGUCUGACGCUGGAUUCACGGCCUCGUUAUUUCUAACUUAACCCUUCCCAUCUGCAUUCAUGGCUUGGUUCAGUGACAUUUUGCCCAGCUCCAUGCUCAGCUUCCCUCCCUCCCAGCUCUGUCUUGCCUCCCCCAGUUCACUGACGAUUCAGGUUCAGCCCGUGAAAAAGUUGAUGGCUCCCGUUCUUGAAAAACCACCCGCCCGUGGUGUGUGUACACGUUGUCUCUUACAAUGAUGAUCAGGACACUAAUUUUUUGAAACGUUGAGCUUAAAGAAAGGCUAAAUCUGUAUCAUAGCUGGAUCCUCUCCCAGCCCCCCACAUACCCAGUUCCGUUCAGGGUCAGUUGGUAAAACAACAGGAUGGUUCAGGUUUGGUUCUGGCUCUAGUAGGAAAUGCUGAGUCUCUGGCUUCUCGCCGGGUGCAGAGGGCCAAUGAGCUCAGCACGGGCCAGGCUGGCCCAGAGGGCUCUGGUCAUUGCUAAGGCAAAGGGGGCUGAUGUCAGUCUCUCUGUGCAGAACACUGGAACCCAUAGAGCCAGCUGGGCGCCUGGGGCUGAGGCUGCUGCCUCCAUUGUGGUCUGGAGGCCUGGGUUGAGCAGCUGCUGCCCAGUGGGGUCUGUGCUGGGCCAGGUCAUCUCUGCCUAGCCACGAGGGGCGGGGGGUGGGACUUUUUGCUGUGUCUGGGAUCAGGACACUAGGUCAGUCCCAGGCCCUGCUGCCGCCAGAGCCUCCUGAGCCAGAGAGUGCUGGGGAUGGAAGAAAACUUUCAGAAAGUGCUGGUGGCGUGGCAGAAAUGGCUCCUGCUUGCCCCGUCUCUGCUCCCAGGGGUCUGCCAGUCCCAGAGCUGCUGCCUCCAGGCUCACCCCUGCUGGGAGCAGGGACAGUUGCUAACGGAGGGGAAACACCGCCAGGAACGACAGGGCAGUAACCAGCUCUCCCCAGCAGAAGGGGGAAUGGUGAGACUGAAAGAGGCAGCUGGAGCAAUCGGUGGGGAGCGAGGUUCCCAGCUCCAUUCCCAACAGCCCCUUAACCCAGGCAGAUCCUUGGACAAGGUGAGGCGCAGAGAAAGGAAAAGUCAUUUUCUGCCUCUGGGGACAGUGUUGGGGAACCCUCCACUCUCCUCUCCUCCCCUCCCCUCCCCCCAGCAGUGCCUUCGAUUCUGCUUUCUCACAUUUGGCGCAGAGAUUUUGUCACUGGGAGGGUUUGGCCGUGUCUUGUGGGUUGGGUUCCAUGGGAGGGGGCAGGUCUGUGCAAUGAUAACCUCACUGAGGGUUUCCCAGCAGGGCGGAGGUCAGGGGGGGUGUCUGCAGGGAAGGAAACUGGGGAGUGACUAGGAUUGCCAGACACUUUCACAAAAAAUCCUGAACAUGACAGGGAAAAAAAUUGCUUGAGCAAAAAAAAAAAAAAAAACUCUCCCCCUGCCAGAUGCAGUGGGGGGAAAAUGUCCCCUCUGGCGUUCCAUCCGAGAAAAACAGAAAAUACUGGACAUUGUCUGGGUUUUAUUUUACCCGACAGGAGCCACAAGUACUGGACUGUCCGGGCGAAAACCAGACAUCUGGCAACCCUAAAUGUGACAUGGUCUAGGGCUAGUUCAGAAACCUCCCCAAUUGCCCUUCUCACCCUGACAGGCUGCAGAGUAACGACUCUGUUUUGUUCCAGAUUGUCACCAGGGGCGGGACAGGGAAAUGGCUGUGCUGGAGCCAGCUCAGAUGCCGGUGACCUUCGAGGAGGUGGCUGUGUAUUUCACCGCAGGGCAGGGGGCUCUGCUGGACCCCGCUCAGAGAGCCCUCUACAGGGACGUCAUGCAGGAGAACUAUGAGACUGUGGCCUCACUGGGACUUCCUGUUGCCAAACCUGCCCUGAUCGCCCGGCUGGAAGGAGGGGAAGAACCGUGGGUCCUGGAUCUCCAGGCCUCCGAGGAAAGGAAGAUCCCAAGAGGUUCUGGUGAAGCAGCAGGUGAUCCACUGAUGAGUGCGGACAAGGAUGGGAAUUCACAGCUCAAAGGUUCUCAGGAAAUGGAACCGCAGGGGACCUUUUUGAGAAGAGCUGAAGGGAAUUUCCGCCAGUCCUUGAAACAGAGAAAAACUCGAAGUAAUUGGCACAGGUCAGAGAGGAAGCUGGGUAACAGCCCACGGAAGAAAGCAGAUGAAUCCACUGAGUGUGGGGGAGGAGGCAAGGAUCCCAAGGAAACCAUAGACCAGCAGGCAAAUCCCAAGGAAAAGAAACACUAUAAUUGUUUGGAAUGUGGGAAAAAAUUCAGUCGACGCUCAAGCCUUGUUAUCCAUGGGAGAAUCCACGUGGGAGAGCGACCCUACAAAUGCCUUGAGUGUGGGAAAAGCUUCAGUCAGCUCUCAGGCCUUAUUUGCCACAAGAAAAUCCACACAGGAGAGAGGCCAUAUACAUGCUUUCAUUGUGGGAAAAGUUUCAGAGCCCCCUCAGCUCUUAUUGUCCAUCAAAGAAUCCACACGGGAGAGAAACCUUAUAAAUGCUUGGACUGUGGGAAAAGUUUCAGUCAGAGAUCUGGCCUUACUAACCAUGGGAGAGUCCACACAGGAGAGCCACCAUGUAAAUGCCCUGAGUGUGGGAAAAGUUUCAGUGCUCCAUCCGCCCUUAUUGUCCAUCAGAGAAUCCACACGGGAGAGAAACCUUAUAAAUGCUUGGAGUGUGGGAAAAGCUUCAGUCAGCUCUCAGGCCUUAUUUGCCACAGAAGAAUCCAUACAGGAGAGAGGCCCUAUACAUGCUUUCAUUGUGGGAAAAGUUUCAGAGCUCCCUCAGCUCUUAUUGUCCAUCAAAGAAUCCACACGGGAGAGAAACCUUAUAAAUGCUUGGACUGUGGGAAAAGUUUCAGUCAGAGAUCUGGCCUUACUAACCAUGGGAGAGUCCACACAGGAGAGCCACCAUGUAAAUGCCCUGAGUGUGGGAAAAGUUUCAGUGCUCCAUCCGCCCUUAUUGUCCAUCAGAGAAUCCACACGGGAGAGAAACCUUAUAAAUGCUUGGAGUGUGGGAAAAGCUUCAGUCAGCUCUCAGGCCUUAUUUGCCACAGAAGAAUCCAUACAGGAGAGAGGCCCUAUACAUGCUUUCAUUGUGGGAAAAGUUUCAGAGCUCCCUCAGCCCUUACUGUCCAUCAGAGAAUCCACACAGAAGAGAAACCUUAUAAGUGCUUGGACUGUGGGAACAGUUUUGGUCAGCCCUCAAGCCUCAUAAGCCACGUGAGAAUCCAUACGGGAGAGAAACCCUUUAAAUGCUUGCAGUGUGGGAAAAGUUUCAGGCAGCGCUCAAGCCUUAUUAAGCAUGGGAAAAUCCACACAGGAGAGCCACCGUCUGCAUGCCUUGAGUGUGGGAAAAAUUUCAGAACACCAUCAGCCCUUAUUAUACAUCAGAAAACCCACACAGGGGAGAAACCUUAUAAAUGUUUGGACUGUGGGAAAAGUUUCAGUGGAAGUGCAAGCCUUGUUAGGCAUUGGAGAAUCCAUACUGGAGAGAAACCAUUUAAAUGUUUGGACUGUGGGAAAAGUUUCAGUCAGCGCUCUGGCCUUAUUAGCCAUGAGCAAAUCCACACAGGAGAGGGACCAUAUAAAUGCCUUGAGUGUGGGAAAAAUUUCUGUGCACCGUCAACCCUUAUUAUACAUCAGAGAACCCACACGGGGGAGAAACCUUAUAAAUGUUUGGACUGUGGGAAGAGUUUUGGUCGACCCUCAGGCCUUAUUAGCCAUGGGAGAACCCAUACGGGUGAGAAACCCUUUAAAUGCUUGGAAUGUGGGAAAAGUUUCAGUCAAAGCUCGAGCCUUAUUAGCCAUGGGAGAACCCAUACAGGAGAGAAACCCUUUAAAUGCUUGGACUGUGGGAAAAGUUUCAGUCAAUGUGCAAGCCUUAUUAAGCAUGGGAGAAUCCACACAGGAGAGAAACCCUUUAAAUGCCUUGACUGUGGGAAAAGUUUCAAUCAACGCUCAAGCCUUGCGAAGCAUGGGAGAAUCCACAUGAGAGGGAAAUCCCGUAAGUGCUUGGAUGAAAGUAAAAGCAUCAGUUCCAGCUCAUAACUUCAUGAACAUCAGAGAAUCCACACGGGACAGAAUCGACAAAUGCUUUUUCUAUGGAAUAAGCUUCGUUUGAAGAGCAAGCCUUGCUAGAUCUCAGACACUCCACAAUAAUGAUAGAAAUGUAGCCGUGUUAGUCUGGGGUAGCUGAAGCAAAAUGCAGGACAAUGUAGCACUUUAAAGACUAACAAGAUGG